GAGCGAGUCCCUAUAGUCAGUUUGAAAUAUUCACAGACAUGAUGUUCUUGUGGCUGCCGAAGUUGCCCCUGGUCCCAGUCGCCGGGCGAUCGAGAUCCAACUGCGGUGACCCUGGUGCAUCUGAAGGGUCAUAUUCCUCAAAUCUCCCAUUGUCCCAGCCACCCCCAAUGCACAGAUGCUUCGUCUGCCACCUCCGACUUUCGUCGCUCUGGUCACCGCCGGAUACAUUCCACGACGGUCGCACUGCAGGGGUCUGGGGCCUGACAGCUCGGGACGGGGUCAGGAUACACCAAACGCUCGGGCGGCAGAUGCCUGUCUUCGGUCCGUCAUCACCGAAUUGGAAAGCGGACCUGAGGAGGUGAAACCUCGAGAAGUGGGAUCUCAAAGUGUGGAAAGCUGAGCUGCAGUACACACACACACACACACAUACAUACAUACAGACACACACACGCGCGCCCCCAAGUUUGUUAAUCAGAUUGGUGUGGAGCGAUGAAGACCUUGGUGGAGGAUGGAUUCGGUCACGGUGGUCCUACAACCGACAGGAAGAAAAUGAAGUAGAC